AUGCUGUCCUCCCGCGGCCCGCUCUCCGCCCGCCACGACCAGCCCCGCCUGUCGCCGCUGAAGAACCUGGCGCUGAGCGACAAGGAGAACACGCCGCCCGCGCUCAGCAGCACCCGCGUCCUGGCCAGCAAGGCGGCGCGCAAGAUCUUCCCGGAGGCCGAGGCGAAGCGGGUGACCGCUCUGUGCCCGCAGGUGCCGCGGGGCGCCGAGGAGGAGCCGCUGCUGCGCGACAACCCCCGCCGCUUUGUCAUCUUCCCCAUCCAGUACCAUGACAUCUGGCAGAUGUACAAGAAGGCCGAGGCCUCCUUCUGGACCGCCGAGGAGGUGGAUCUCUCAAAGGAUAUCCAGCACUGGGAGUCCCUGAAGCCUGAGGAAAAAUACUUCAUUUCCCAUGUCCUUGCCUUCUUUGCUGCCAGUGAUGGCAUUGUGAAUGAGAACUUGGUGGAGCGGUUCAGUCAAGAAGUACAGAUCACAGAAGCCCGUUGUUUCUAUGGCUUCCAGAUUGCCAUGGAAAACAUACAUUCAGAAAUGUACAGUCUUCUAAUUGACACAUAUAUUAAAGAUUCAAAAGAGAGGGAAUUUCUUUUUAAUGCUAUUGAAACGCUACCAUGUGUUAAAAAGAAGGCUGACUGGGCCAUGCGCUGGAUUGGGGACAAGGAAGCAACAUAUGGAGAACGUGUAGUAGCUUUUGCAGCAGUGGAAGGAAUCUUCUUUUCUGGUUCAUUUGCAUCAAUUUUCUGGCUGAAGAAAAGGGGAUUAAUGCCUGGACUCACUUUUUCUAAUGAACUCAUCAGUAGAGAUGAGGGCUUGCAUUGUGAUUUUGCCUGUCUCAUGUUCAAGCACUUGAUACACAAACCGUCAGAGGAGAGAGUUAAGGAAAUCAUCAUGAAUGCUGUUCUCAUAGAACAGGAAUUCUUGACGGAGGCACUGCCUGUAAAACUGAUUGGCAUGAACUGCACUUUAAUGAAACAAUAUAUAGAAUUUGUAGCAGACCGACUUAUGUUGGAACUAGGAUUUAACAAGAUAUACAAAGCGGAGAAUCCUUUUGACUUCAUGGAAAACAUUUCUUUGGAAGGCAAAACCAACUUCUUUGAGAAGCGAGUAGGUGAAUAUCAGAGAAUGGGAGUCAUGUCAAAGCCCACAGACAACUCUUUCACCCUGGAUGCAGAAUUUUAAAUGGACUGAGACAGCAUGAUUUAGUGUGUCUGCUCCCCUGUUUACAGGGAAACAUUAAGCAUAUUGAGUCAUGGUGUGACUUGAUUCUCGUACUGAAAUCCCACUCUUGCAAAGUGUGGUGAUAUUGGUACUUUUCAGGAGGCUAGUGUAGCUGCAGCAGUUUUAACUAGACUUUGUCAAUGGUAUUAAUUCAUAGAGUGCUUAGGUGUAUCUUACAAAAAGCAGCUACUCCAUAAGCUAUUCCAUUUUGUGAAGUAUAUGGGCACCUUCCUUCUACAAGAUGGGAGGUUAUGGGCAGUUACCAAUAGCUUCUGCAGUUCUCCCCAUAAAGAAAGGAGUUAUUGAGAAAUUCUAGUGUUAGAUUUUUUUUUUUUUGAAUGCUCUGCAGAAAACUCUGGAGGAAACUACAUGACCUCACUGCUUUCUUAGCAGGUUUUAAGUUUACUACUUACUAUUUUAAAAGUUUGUACAUAAA